GCUGCAGCCAGUCUAUGAGCCCUCCCCGGCUGCAGCCUGCUGCCAGUGACAUGUAGCCGGACCAUAGACUGUAUAUAAAUGUAGCCGGACCUGGCUGCGACAUGAACGGGCCGCAGCUCAGUGAACUCCCGGACGAGUCGGAGCAGCUCGGGCCGUAUGUGCGCGGCCUGAGGCGGAGGGCCCUGCAGAGCAGCGAGCUGUGCGCUGUCAGGACCUUCUCCGACGAGUUUCUUCUCAAGUUUCUGCGGGCCAGAGACGUGGACGUGGAGCUCUCUGUGAAGCUCUUGCUGAACUACCAGCGGUGGAGGAGAGAGAGUCCUGAGAUCAGCACCUGUCUGUCUCCCUCCUCAGUGCUCGGCCUCCUCAACACCUCCUACCACGCUGUCCUCCCUCGGAGGGACCACACGGGCAGCAGGGUCCUCAUAUACAGGAUAGGACAGUGGAAGCCUAAAGACUGGUCAGCGUUCCAGGUGUUCAGGGUCAGUCUGAUGACAUCAGAGAUCAUCUCCAGGGAGACGGAGACCCAGAGACGGGGUCUGAAGGUCAUAUUUGACCUGCAGGGUUGGAGUUUGGGCCACGCUCUGCAGAUUAACCCUUUCCUGGCCAGAAAGAUCUCCUCCGUCCUCUCGGACUCCUUUCCACUGAAGGUUCGAGGAAUCCAUCUGGUCAACGAGCCGAUGUUCUUCCGGCCAGUCUUAGCCAUGAUCCGUCCCUUCCUACCAGAGAAGAUCAAACAAAGGAUCCAUAUGCAUGGGGCUGAUUUCCACGACUCUUUAAGCGACUUCUUCUCAUCACCUGUGUUGCCUCCAGAAUAUGGAGGGGAGGGGCCUGACAUAGAGGAGGCGUGUAAAGACUGGACCAAUCAGCUGCUCCAAUCAGAGAAGCUCCUGCAGCAGAUCGCCUCUCACCCAACAGGUGACAUCGCUAUUACACCUGAGGACUCCUUGAUCUCAGAGAACGUGGAGAACGAGCUCUCAGAGGGAUGAUGAUGGCUCACAGAUACAUUCUGAUGGGGGUUUUUAAUACUUUGGAUUAAAAUAGCCUAACACACUCUUUGGCAGCCAUUUAAGGCCUCACUGUGCACGUUGUUGGUUGCAUCAAGCAACCUGGUCUCACAGGAAUCCGUGGAAUAGCCACGGAAUCACUCAAAUUUCCGUGAAACUGACACGGAUUUCGCUACAAUGCAAGUUAAUGACAGUCAUAUCCCGUGGCUAUUCCAACAUACAAAGUGAUUAUGUACAUUCACUGAGUCAAUAUUUAGAAAAUAAAACAUAUAUUUCUCACUAGAAAUGUGAUCAAAACCCAUUUUUAUGCAGAAACUAAGUCAAAAUAUUGAUUUUUUUCACUAAAAAUGAGAGAACUGUCCGCCAUGUUUUUUGUUCUGACCGCCAGGACCUUGAAAGUCACGUGACUUGGAACAAACCAAUAGGAACAAAUAUCCAUGGAAUAGCCACGGGAUAUGACUGUCAUUAACUUGCAUUGAAGCGAAAUCUGUGUCAGUUUCACGGAAAUUUGAGUGAUUCCGUGGCUAUUCCACGGAUUUUGAGUUAAGUGAAUAUGUGGCUAUUUCACGGAUUUCUGUGAGACCAGGUUGUUAAAGUAGCUUUAAACAUUUCAACUCUGGUCCAUCUGAUUUACUUUGUGUUUACUUGAAGUUUGCCUGUUCACACUCUUCCUGGUUACAUUUAGUAGACACAAUGAGAAAUUAUAAGUUGUAUCUUAUAAUUGAAAUAUGCAAAUGUAUUACUUCUUGGGAGACAAACUGCACAAUACUGCAUGGUGGUAUUUGUCAGGAAAUAAUUAGAGUAUGCAACCCCCAAAACCAUAUUGUUCUUUUUACAUUUCUGGUCAUUUACAGGAAAAACAAACAAUACACUGUGUAAAGAAGAAAGCCUUAAAGAUGGACAUUUUUUCCCCCUUACUCUCAACAAGACCAGGUCUAAACCUUGUUUAUGGCUGACCUGAUUGGUCAAUGUGAUUUUGAGAUUUUGUGGGCAAUGCGUUACAGGAAUAGUAAUCUCAGGAAUCAAGGUGUCUAUGUGUGAAUAUGUUUUAUAUAUUAGUAGUUAGUAUUUUGUCCCAGUAAUACGAACAAGUAAUAAUAUGCUCUGCGUGUGUUUCACAGCACAUCAAAUAGUAUUCCGUUCUUUCAGAUUAACUGAGCCAACUCUUCUCAAGCUACUAAAUGUUCUGGCCUGGAUUGGAAGGUGCCAUAGUUUACUGUAACCUGUGUCACUUUAACAGGAAUGUUGCAAGAUGCUAUUGUAUACACCAGCUGUUCUCAACCUUGGGGUCGGGACCCCAAUUGGGGUUGCGAGAUGAUUUCUGGGGGUCGCCAAAUCAUUUUGGAAGUCAGCUCUGUCUCCACUGUGUUAAAGUGUUUUUGGUCACGUAAUGUCUUUUUUUGGUCAUUUUGUGGGGGGUUUUGUUUGUUAUUUUGUGUCUUUUUUGGUCAUUUUGUUGAAUUUUUUGGUUAUUUUGUGUCUUUUCUGGUCAUUUUGUGUCUUUUUCUGUCUUUUUUUGAUCAUUUAGUGGACAAUUUGUGUCUUUUUUGGUCAUUUUCUGUCUUUUUUGAUCAUUUUCUGUCUUUUCUGGUCAUUUUGUAGACAAUUUGUCUCUUUUUUGGUCAUUUUCUGUCUUUUUUUUGAUCAUUUUGUGUCUUUUCUGGUCAUUUUUUGUCUUUUCUGGUCAUUUUCUGUCUUUUUUGGUCAUUUUGUUUCUUUUUUGGGUGAUCUGAACUGUGCGUGUGAGAUUGUGUUCAGUGAGCGGGAGUCGCGGACAACAUGCACGUUAAAUUGGGGGUCGCGACUCAAAAAGGUUGAGAACUACUGGUAUAGAUGUCACACCAAGACAAGAUGUUAUUUCCUUCAGGGAUUGCUGUUGUUUAGUUGUUCUACAGUUAGACAUUAGGAACCAGCAGCCAAUUCUUCAGUGGCACUCAGAUGGAUAGUUAGGAGGUUUAUGUAGCCGCUGCAGAGGACCAAGAAAGAAAUAAUCAACUCAUCACUCCAUCAAGACCAAUCCAUCCAGUAUUCUGUUGUGGUUCAUCAUUUUAACUUUGGUUUUCACAGUUUAAAAGUUUACCUUCUCUCUUUGCUUUCAUGACAAGUAACAUUUAACAGUGUUUGGACCAAUAUUAUGAAAAUCUUAUAUAACGUGGUGAAAAAAAAAGAGAGAAAGAAAUGUGAAGUUGCACACACACUGAGUUUAUAAUUACAUAUUUCUAAUUUAUUUGCAUUGCCCUUUAAAAAAGAGAAUAAUUGUAUCUUUUUUGGUGUUUGAGUCUUUCUGGGCACAUAAAAUAGUAUUAACUUUAAAGUUACAUAAAGGGAAAGUAAACACAAAGACUCAAUUUAUUUUAACACAUUUUGAAGUGUUUAUACUCAUUUGAUGUACACAGUAUGAAUGAAGUUAUUAAUAUAUGAAGCAAAGCUCCACACUGUAUUCUUGUAUGUCUGGUCAUUGUUAACAUUAACAAGUGGAUGGUAUAAAUGUUUGGUAUUAUUGUGAAUAAAUGAUGUGAUGUCUA